GAUUACUGCGACCCUUAGUGGUUAUGCGAAGAGCGAAGUAUCCUCCCAGGCGGCGAAGAAGUGUGCGAACGCGUAUAUCUGCAUCAGGUUUAUGCUCGUUCAUCUUUAGGCCGGAUACACAAAACAGCUAAAAUUAUGUUGGAAGUCACAGUGAAGACGUUAGAUUCACAGAAUCGAAAUUACUCUGUACCUGACGAUAUCACUGUCAAAAGCUUCAAAGAGAAAAUAGCCUCGUCAGUGAACAUCACUGCAGACAAGCAACGUCUUAUCUUCUGUGGGCGAGUGCUGCAAGAUGACAAGAAAUUGAGUGAUUAUGAUGUUAAUGGCAAGGUUAUUCACUUGGUGCAACGGCCACCACCACAGCCGUCUUCGGGGGGCUCAUCUUCAUCGGGGGCUGCCAGCACUGGUUCUGCUUUAGGAGGUGGAGGGCCCAGAGGAAGUGCAUCUGGUGGGCUGCCUCACCCUCGUGAAGGGGGUGGCUUUCUGCUUGGUGCUUUCACCAUCCCCCAGGACAUGAUUGAUCCUGCCCAAGUACAGCAAAUCGUGCAGGAUGUUGUAUCUGGAAUGGGAGAAAUUGGCCGCAAUGCCACUGUCAUGUCAAGAACUUCGGAAGAUGGUUCUUCUGUGGAUGUGCACAUUAACUUGGGUCAGGUCCCCAUGCAGAGUGAGGCCCAGUUGCGUCUCAACCAGGCUCAAACAAUGGUGCAGAAAGCAACUCGUGUAAUUGCUGCUCUUGAGAACCAAGGUCAGCAGACUACACCAGCCCCUGAUGUUGAAGGAAUGGAUCUUGGAGAACGAGUUGAAGUGGAUGUACAAAUGGUUGACACCAACGGGAAUGAUACGGCACCACCUAACACAUCAGCUGGCAAUAGCAACGAUAGUGAUGCAGCAGCAUCUCGGCCCCUGGGAUUGUCAUCGUCAACCGGCCGUUUCGGUGAGGGAAUCGUGAAUGCUGCUAGGGCAGCUGCCGCUGCAGCAGCUGUUGUUGCUGCACGUGUCACAGCUGGAUCAGUGUUUGGCUCUUCUACAGCUACAGAGAGUCCAGCAGUAACCUCUGCUGCAACUACCAGUCAGCAUCAGUCACCCAUCCAGUCUACAGCUGCUGAUGGUGGAGCAGCUCCUGUACAGCCAUCGGCACCAACUACUUCUGUGCCUUCUGGUCCAGCACAGCAGGGCAGUGGACAGCCUAACACCAGCACUAGGCCACUGAGAGAAUAUGGGCCUCCUGCUGCAGCCUUGGCACCUAUUCUUGGUGAGAUACUACAGCUGCAGACUCGACUGGCUCCACAUCUUCAGCGAUACCAGGAGCUUGUUCAAGAUGAACCAAACACUCAAUCCAUGACGGAUGCUAAUGUGCAGCGCUUGGCCAAUGGUGUAUGCUGUGCAUUACAUCUGUUGAGCCACGCUUUGCAUGCUGUGAGUGAUCUCCAUGUGAAUGUGGGUGCCAGGCCACGUACGCUGCGUGCUCGCCUUCUGGGACCCAGUCAGGCUGGCAGCAUCUUUCACACUAGCAUGCCAUUCCAAAGCCAAAUAAAUAUUGGUGCAGCACAGUCCCCUUCAACCGAAUCUGUUCCUACCACAAGAAUAUCUUCUGGCACCACCACCACAAGUGCUACAUCGACAUCUACACAGGCAGCGCCAACGCCUAGCAGCAUAUCUCCUACUACUGGAGGCGUUGGUCCCUUCAGCACUACGGGCCCUGCACUGCUGACAGCUCAAAGCCCAGUAGUGUUCAUGGAGCUUGGACCAGGGUCUAUCACCAUUGACAGUAUUUCCACGGCAGUGAUCAAUGACCUUCCCACACCCUUGGAUCGUAUUGUGGAUCAACCUGAGAAUACUAUCCCUUCUGCUUCAACAGUUGAGGAGGGUCCCUCGAGCCAGCCUGGUUCGGCAAGCUCCCAAACUCGUGCACAAACAACAGGAGCAGCAACAGUGACUACGUCAUCCGGAACAACCGGCACUCGUGCAUCACCAGGGCCAUUCAGGGGCCUAGCACCACUGAGCUUUCCAUUGGGCACAGCCCUUGGGGGAGCAUUAGGCAGCUCAUUUGAUCCCUGCCUUCCAUGCAAUUCUUUCUGGACACACAUGAGUCAGGGUGGCACAGGCCACCUGGUGGGCAGCGGAGGUAAUACCAGCCAGGGUGCCCGGCCUGCACCACAGGGACCAACGCAGGCACCACAAUCUGCGAAUCAACAUGAUGAUCAGCUGCACCAGAUGUUGAAUGGCCUGAUGACUGCCCUCCUACACCAGCCUCACCUUGUGCUGCAACGUCAGCACAUGCACAUGGGCCAAGGCAGCGGCAGCGAGAGUAGUGGGAGUCGUCCAAGAGCCACUCUGGCAGGAAUGAUGCCAGGCCGGAGCCGCCACAUGUCCAUGCGCCAGACUCCCCUAGUCUACAGAGGCAAUGGGCCUACAACUGCAACUACAGCUAGUGGGCCCAACACAGCCACUGCAGAGCUGUCAGCCAUAUCAGCACGCCGCCGACUGAGCCCGGAUGCCCGUUAUCCUUUGCCUCGACCGGUCAGCAACAUGGACUUCCAUGGCCGCCUGGCGGUCAUCAUUCGUGACCGGUCACAUGGCGAAUUGGGGCAGCACCGGCGCUUAGGCUCUAGUGGUUCCCUCUGGCCUGGCCCGUCUUCGGGCUCGGCACAGCAAGGGCCAAGCUCAGCAACAGGUGCUCAGCAGCAGCAAGUGGAGAAGCAGCCAGCAAGUGCAGAGGCUCGUGACAGGGAGCCCAAAAGUGGGCCUGCUACAACAUCCACCUCUGCUGUUGAGGCGCCAGUUCCAAAGGCUGGCCAGAGCCUAGAAAGCUCAGCUUCUAGCAUGCCAGGAAUGUUGGCUCCCACAUAUUCCCUGCAAGGGCCUCUAGCCAAUAUGGUUGAGGUUGUCCUCAAUGAUUAUUCCUGGGAACAGAAUUUGUUAGAUGCUGCAACACUAUUAGAGAUUUUCGUCCAAGAAAAUGUACUCUCUCAGAACUUGCUUGGAGAAGAAUUUGCAACCAGCAUUUUGGCAAGCCUUUCUCGGGAGCUGACAGCUGAGGACUUGGUCUCUCUGCUGGGUGGUGAUCGCCCUGGACGGCUCAAUCAACUACAGGGAGUACUGCAGCUGGCAGUGGUGCAGCACCUGACUCCAGGCGCAGUGUCAGACCUACCUCAGUUGGUAGUGCCAGCUAGAGAUGCCUUGCUAGAUAGAUGGGCUGCCCCACUUAUACAAGACAUGCAGGCAAAAGGCAAUGUGAGGCCUAACGUGGAUGUGCAAGCUACCAUCAAUGGAUUUCUGAGUGAAAGGCUGCAUGCAGUUCUUCUGCACAUCCUUGGGCCAAGCAGUGAGAAUUUUGGCCAAGAAUUGCUGUCUAUCAUCCAAGUGGCACUCAGUGACCUGGUGGCCCUGGCAUCGUCUUGCUUUGAAGAUGGUGCCGAGUCCCUGAAUACAAUCUUCCGUGCCAGGGUGGAUCCCAUCUUGUCAGGGCUGAGUCGGAAUCUAAGCUGCAAAACCCGUGUUUUCUUCUGCGGCUGGGUUGGUGCCUUCUGGCAAAGAGUUUUUGAAGGCUUGACAUUUUCCCAGGCUGCUACUGCUGCCAUUGCUUCAAAAUAUCUUGUGCAGCGUGACAUCACUCCAGCAAGGGAUACUUCUGACACUAUCUCCAGCCAAAAUGAUACCACUGCACCAAGAAUGGAUGUUGACCAUCAUAUCACAGGUCAGAGUUGUGCUGUGCAUAGCACUCGAAGUCUAAACAAUGGGGGAGCUGCGAGCAUAACCUCAGAAAAUCGGCCAGUACCACCCCCAAUGGAAGAGGAACCACUCCCUGUCAUCUUGGGUUCAGAAUCCUGGCAUGCCUCUGUACCAUCAGAAUGGGUGCCUAUCAUCACAAGGGACAUCCAGAGGCAACGGCGCCAGGCAGCACAACCUCCAUUCAGUGAUGCCUACUUCUGUGGAAUGCCUUCAAAGCGAAGAAAGAUCAUGAAUGGCAGUGGUGCAGCAGCUGAGAACGCAGGCUCCUUGACCGAGGCAUUGCAGCGUGCUGUGCAGCGUGCAGGUGUGCGGGCCCCACGUAAUGGCAUGGAGGCAUUCUUGACCGAGGCACGCCAGAACCCCGCUCUUCAGGCUGCUCACAAGCUGCAGUUGCGACAAGCUGUGCGAGAGCGACUCUCCUCUGACCCAGAUUUUCGGGCUGACCGCUUCCCUAAUGCGCACAAGUUUUACUAUAGUGCAGACCCAUAGGAUAUCAGGGAAACGGGGAUAUAAGAAGGGGGGGAAUGCCACUGCCCUUAGUGGCCUUCUUGACCCACAAGGGUACAAGCUACAUGUGCAAGUUGCGUCUGUAAUGCCACCUUGCUCAUGCAACUUGUGCUGCCGCUGGUGGAAAUGCCACUUUCUCUGGUCAUCGAAAUCCAGAGGCAGGGCCUCACUUGGAAAUAAAUGGCACCAGUGUCACUGUGGGCAUUGUAAGGCUGUCAUAGGAAUAUGUAGAGCUGCUCUGCACAUAAGUUUUCAAUUUUUUCUCCCAUAUUCGUGAUUGCGGUGUGAUUUGUCGCCUACCUUCACAAGCAAGAAGCGCUGGAAGCGACAGCUAAAUUCUCCUCUAGAUUUCAGUGGGGUGAGGCAGUUACCAUUGUGUAAGAGCAUAGAGUACCUUUAAAUUUGAAAUAUGCAAAGAAACUUUGCCCCAGUUAUUAACAUUGCUAUAAAAUUCAAGUUUUUGGAUGACUGUACAUGUUUGCUUGAGGGCCAAACCUUUUAACUUCCGACUCAGAAUUAAGGAAAGCCAACCCAAAAAAACUUUCAUAAUCAAUCCAGAAGGGCUGAUAUUUCCAUCACAUCUAAUUGCCAUGCAUAUUUCCUGUGCGAGCUCCAACCUUAUGUUGAACAGCCAAUGCUGAAGCAAGGCUGGGUAUACUACAGUAGCAGGAAAGGUAUGCUUAUCGUGCUCCUCAUUGCAUGCAACAUUCAUACCCAUGUUGAAAUCUAAGUAGCACAAAAUGAGUGCUGCUUUCUCAGCACUUAAAUGUUACAAUGCUUCAAGCAGUGAAUUUCAUCAGCGGUGCUUUUUACUUGCUGUGCAUCCAUAGCUGUACUGCUGCAACAACUCGUGUGUGCACCCAGAGUCAUUCAAAGUUUUCUUGUAGUUUCGUUGCUUCCUGCUCCUCGUGCAUCCUCUAUGCUAAAUUCUGGCUCACACAAAAAAUUGGCUGUUAUUGCAAGUCUAUACAGAGUGUCCCAGCUGAAGUUGUUAAAAAAAAUAUAUAGCUGGCACGAUGUACGAUGUGAGACCUACGCUGCUCAGUCAUCUUCCACCACCAGAAUUUUUGUGUAAUAAUGACCUGGCCAAUUAAAAAAGAUGAAUUAAACUAGUCUAAAUUUUGAAAUAAUGGCGAGUUGCGAUGAGAAAACUGUUAUUCCGUCAUAAAAAAAGAAGGAACCUUCAGUCGUUAUCAGCCCGCUAUGUCCUAUGUAAUUAUUUUUUCAGUGUUUUAUAUGUAGCACACAAAAUAGAAAAAGUGCCGCGUGAUUACACGCUCAUACACAGUGACACCAGCUGUCCCCAGAGUUAUUUCUAGGAACCAACUUUGCUCAUCACCUUAUGCAGUAACUAGGUCAUUACGUGGACUGCAAUCAUCAUGUGCAACAUGCAGCUCACAAUUAGCAGGAACCGACAGCUUGCCACUUCCGCUUGCCGACAGCUUGCCACUUCCAGGCAGUAACCAAGUCAAGCAGUGAGUGGAGUUAGUUCCUUCAAAUCACUUUUGGGAUCGCUGGUGUCACAGCACGCAGGCUCAUGAUUACCUGGCACUUUUCGUAAUUCACAAACUGAGUAAAGUACAGAAAGAAAUAAUUACACCAAACAUAGCACGCUAAAAAUGAAUCAAGGGGUUGAUUCGUGCCGGUAUAACAGUUUUCCCGUCAGAAAUCGCACCCACAAUUCAAAAAUAAAAACUUCUGUAAUUUCCCGUGUAAUUAGUGCACACAAAUCAUAGGUGGAAGAAUACUGAUGACCAAACACUGCAGAUUCCAUAGUCCCAUAAUGUACCAGUUGUUUACAACACAGCUUCACUAACGUUGGCUGGGACACACUAUAUAGCAGUGAUCGCUGAAAUUCAAGUAAAUUGAAAGCUUCCAUUAAUUUGUAUUUCAUUGUUUGAUUGGCACAAAUGAAAAACUAAAGAAAGCCACUUUUUUAUGCAUUCUGUGCCAUUAACCAUGUAUUUUCAGAUGUAGUGUGUGAUAAAAAAAUGAAAAUAUGUAGUGGACUGCACUCCAGCAGGUUAACAGAUUUAUGCCCAGGAUUUUGCUGUUUACAUUACUAGCUUGUGCGAAUUCAAACACAGUGUAUAAAAAUUAUUAACUGUAGUCUAAUUGAAUUCAUUUACCUUGUAUGUUGUGCAGGGAUAAAUGUGCAGGUUGUUUGGAAACUGUGACCCACCCAAAGAUGUGCAUUGACUGUGGGGUUUUAAUGUUUAAAGUGUUGAUGAGAUGAUCGACACAUUCCUACAUUUUGUGUUAUGUUAGCAUAUGUAUGUAUAGACGGUUUGAGGUUUUGAAGGAGAAAUUUGUGAGAAAAAAAAUGUCUGUGCAUUGUGACUGUUUUUUGGCAUCACCAUUACAAGAAAAAUAAACAUUUUAUGAGAGUA